AUGGGGAGGAAACGGAAAGGGAAGCUGGGUCCUGUAGGGCCUGGGGCCCCUGUGAAGACCUUCAGCGUCUACUCCAAGAUUCUGAUCAAUCUUAUGAAGUACCCGCAGAAAUGCAAGCAGUACCGACCGUUCUGGAAACUGGACAAAGCGAUCGUGAUGGAGAAGUUUGCCGCCAAGAAGCCCCCUUGUGUCGCCUAUGACGAGAAGUUGCAGUUCUAUUCCAAUGGUGGCCAAGACUUCCUCUUGCUUCCCCUUGCUUCCCCUCCACCUACACUCCCCCCACCUUCCCAUCUCUCCCCACCCCCACCUUUGUCCCCUCUCUGGCCCCUGUGGCCCAGGUUGGUGAGGAAGGAAGGAGUGGAUGGAUGUCUCUUCGCACCACAAGACCCCCAGGCACAAGCAGCCUACUUGGCCAUACCUACCCUGCUGAAGGCCAGAACAUCCAGGAGCUGUGGUGAGACUUCAGCUGUCCUCAAGGACAGGAAGAGAGGCACAGAGAACAGCACAGGCAAAGGCUGGGUCUGUUACCGCGUUGCAUCUGCAUCUCUUUCUGUCCACCUGCGCGCGGGGCGCCAGCCACAUGGCUGGGUGCAGGGCACCGGACUCGAAGCCUGGGGAAGAGCCGCAGGACUGAGGAGCGCCCCCUGGAGGCGGGAGGAGGCCCGGGCCAAGCCCCCUCGCUGCCCCGCCCCAGGCCCCGCCCCACUCUGUCCGCGGAAGUGGGGAAGCGCUGCGAGCAGCCACGGGACGGGUGACUCCUUGCCAGGAGAAGGCGCGCGCCUCCCGCGGCGGGAGUCGCUUCUCCGCGGCCUCUUUCGUCCCCUGCGUCCCUAGCCGGGCUUCCGAGAGUCUGACUCAGCCGAGCCCGCAUCGCUUCACCUCCUACAACACACCCGGAGCGCGCGGAGAAAUUACAGGAUUGCAGGGGCACGGCUAGUGCGCUCCAAUUACCCACCGCCGCUCUCCUCCGCGGCGCUCGGCGGCACGGGGACAACGCGCCGUAAUUAG